UCUUUACUCGUUGAUCGACCUUUCCCCCCUGCAAAACGCCUCUCAUCUCAUACCGGCCGUCUGCAAGCGACUUCUGUACCUCAGGCUCCUCCCUAUAUAAACACCCACCCGUCACGCUAAUCUCUAUCAUGUACGCACGCGCGCUCACGCUCUUUUUCUUUGCUGUGUCCACUCUCGUCGCCGCAUCACCGAUUGACUCGCAACAGGCGAAUAUCAUCGCCGCGAACAACAACGUCGCAUGUUCAGGACCAGGAGGCUGCAAGGGGGCAAACUCCACUAAUGCUGUCGAUGCCGCAUCCACGUCUGACGCGUCGCGCUCUCUGACGGUCUCCUCGGGUGCCGUUGUCGCUGUCGUAGUCUUCUCCAGUCUUCUAUGAUGGUGUGGUCAUCGCUAUCCUCCUCGUAUGUGCAUGCAUCGUAGACGGACUGGCCUGCAACGUACGCGCAUUUGAUGAACGACGUACCUCAUGAUUGCCCCUCAGGGCUGCAGCUCGGACUGCCAUACCUUUGUUGCAUCGUAAC